AUGGGCGACGCUCGACCUGCGGCGUGGUGGGAGGUUGAAAACAUCGGUAACGUCACGUUCAAUCACUUUUACCGCGGCGUCACGGAUUCCUCGAAUAUAUACUCUUCCGCCGCGCUGAUCAGCGCAAAGGAGCAGAAAUGGAGGCCCCGCUACAUGAUGUCCAAGCCAUCUUAUGUUCGAGGAAGAGGCGGUUGUGGGGGCUUUUCAGACACUGAUUAUGGCCGAUAUCAUGGUGCUGAUGAGCCUCCUCGUCGUCCGAGGCCCCUAUACCUGCAAGAGCUACUUCCCACCCUCAAAGGCGUGGUGGUUUCAGUCAACCUGCGACAUGCCAACUCCAACCAUGGCCAAAGAAGCCAAAGAGAUCAUUCCGACGAGGUGACCGGCAAGGAGUUUAAGCCGAAUAUGCUCAUCAGCACGAAGAACCUCGCGAGGGGGGUUGGAGGAGGCGUUCAGGACAAAGGAGAUGCACCAGCCCAGGAAUACGGUCGUAGUGUCGUUCCAGGACCAGAGGAGGGUCGGGCUCAGGCUCCCGAAGGGGGUCGUGGUUAUACGCGGGAAGAGGUUGACGUUCACGGACACCAACAAGAGGGUGAGGACGGUCAGGGUCUCGUACGGGAUUAUACGUGUAUUACAGCUCAGACACAUUCCCACGAUCAAACACUACCCGUCCACGGUAUUCAGGUCGAUCACCAUCCCGAGGGGGAGAACUAUACUUCGGUCGUGAGGGACGCCAUCAUCAUAGAUAACUACGUCGUCUUUACCAGCUGCCCGGUCUACAACAGGACAGUGAUCGGCUGCGACCGCCUCUACCCAAAGCCGCCCUCCACGGAGAACAUGGCGAGGUACUCGAUGUUAGUUUUGGCCGUAUUCGCGGAGGUGUACAUGUACAACACCUUGGACUUCGUCCCACUCGGGAUUAAGUUCAUCUCGUAG